CGUCACUAGGUGGGCGUGAGCCGUACGAACAUCAACAAAAGAGAACAAGAGAAAGGAAAAGGACAGAAGACGAGAAGGGCCGUACGGUACAGCGGGAGACGACCGAUAUGUGGCUUUAACUUGCAGUAACAGUCAAGACACUGUAGUGAAAAACAAGAGAUCACUUCCUCCAGUUUCUGCUCAGAGAUGGACGCCUACAAGCUGAUGAAGGAGCUGCGCGUGAAUUCUGAGCAGGAGGCCCAUUAUCGGCCCAGAGAGACGGGCCUGAGGCUCAUCGAAUCCACUAAAGAGGAUGCCAGCCGGAUCUCUGCCGAGGGCAGAAACGCCGUGGUGGAGGACCUGUGGAGUCUCACCAGCUUCUUCGGUUACAGCACGCAGACCUUCGUCCUGGCCGUGAACCUGCUGGACAGAUUCCUGGCCAUGAUCAAGGCCCAGCCAAAGCACCUGUCCUGCGUCGGCGUCAGCUGCCUCCACAUGGCGGCCAAAGUGACGGAGGAGGAGUGCGACCUGGUCCCCGCCGACGAGCUCAUCCGCAUCGGACAGUGCCGCUUCACCGCGUCCGACCUCUGUCGCAUGGAGAAGAUCGUCAGAGAGAAGCUCAACUUCAACUCCAAAGCCGUCACCGCCUUAACCUUCCUGCACCUGUACCACCGGAUCACGCUGUCACACUCCACAGACAGGAAGGAGAUCCUGAGCCUGGAGAAGCUGGAAGCUCAACUCAAAGCCUGCCUGUGUCGCAUCUCCUUCUCAAAAGCAAAGCCGUCCGUCCUCGCCCUGUCUCUCCUGAGGCAGGAGAUCAAAGCGGUCCAGACGGAGGACAUGUUGGAGAUAGCCCAGCACAUCCAGAGUCACCUGAAGAUUACAGACAGCGAGCUGCUGCUGUGGAGCGAACGCGUGGCUCCGUGUCUGUCGGACUACGCCUCGCCGGAAUGCAGCAAACCCAAUCACAGGAAGCUGCAGUGGAUCGUGUCACGGCGGACCGCCCAGAACCUGCACAGCUACCGCACCGUCCCCGAGCUGCCCACCAUCCCAGAGGGCUGCUGGGAUGAGAGCGAGAGUGAAUUAACCGACCCCCCCCCCGUGUGUCUCUGCAGUGAGGACAUGAUGAGCUCCGGCGAGGAGUCCCUCAGCAGUUCUCUGGGCAACGACGCUGACGGGCCCUUCUUCCCUCUGCACCUCCGCCGCCAUGUGUGACACCCCCCGUCACCUCCCCUGCCAGUCUCCCCCUCACUGCUUCACCUGGAGUCUUUAAUGGAUUCAUUAAUAAGCUGUGGCGCUGGUGGUUUGUGUGCAGACCCCAAACGGUUCACUGUUUGCCAAAACGUUGUAUUUAUUUAAUAGAAAGGCGGCUUUCUGUCACGGUGAAUGUAGAUAUUAAGUUAUUUGGUGCACAAGAGGAAGUGGAGUGAGUGUCGUCAGGGUUUCAUUGCAGUGUUUUUCUUAGAUGGGCUCGUUGUUCAGUCAGGAGACGUGCCUUGCUCAGAGGGAAAGGCUGUAUGUUUGUGGACGUGUGUUUCUAUUUAAAGUGAAUAUUUUAGGAUGUAGCGGUUUUAAAUCACAGAAUGGGGAAAAAAAAGUCUGAAAUUUCAAUACAAAAAUCUGUAAAAUUGUAAAUGAUGUAAAAAAAAAAAAAUGUUAAUAGUUUGUAGAUAUUAAGUUAUUUGUCACAUUUACUGAAAAGUCAAAAAUCUUAUAAAAAUUGUAUUUUUUAA